AAGACUUCUUAGUUAGUGUAAUUGAAUGAGCCCGAGUUCGAGAAAAAAAUAGUCGAAAUAAACUCAUUUUCCUUCAAUUUAGAAUAUCGUUUGGAUAUUCGCGGUCAGACUAAACUCCCGCCAGUGAGUAUUCGGUCAAUGCACAGGAUCACUUCUUACGCGCCGCCGCCGACUGUUUGGGUAUACGCUCCCGCUAUAUACAGAGCAGCUUUCGCGGGGAAUAAGUUUUGCUGAAGAGCUAGAGUGCAGGUAAAAAAGAAAGAUUUCACCUCCAAUACAAAAGCAAACUAAGAAAGCUGUGAACGGGUAGAGGAUCUAGAUACUGCACUGAAAUAUGUCUCGGAGGAGUGGGCGUUUGCAAGCGAGACAAGACAACCAGGCUUUAUCCGAGUGCAAUACAGAUGAAAAUAUUUCAAUGUGUACAAGAAAGAGGAAAACAAGGGAGCAGGACAAGAGUAGUAUAUCAAGAGCUGAAGGUGUUCAAAGGAGAAGGCAACAGUUUAGGAUAGAGAACCGAUGGGUACCAAUCUCUGAGUCGUCAUCAAUAGAAACAUCUCUUCUAGUUCCCAUGCAUAAGGAACCAUCAACUCCUUCAGAAGAACUUAUGGACACUGCCAAUUGGAUGACCUUCCGUAAUCUGUUUCCUGCGCAUGUAUCAGACCGAGCUUCACCUAUUCCUCUUCUACACUGGGAUGAUCUACCUGAGGUAUGGAGUAUAAUGACAAGAAAGGAAGCUAUGUGUCCAAGGAAACAUGAUUGUCUAAAGAGACAUCCAUCAUUGGGGGAGAGAAUGAGAGCUAUUCUUCUAGAUUGGCUUAUUGAAGUGUGUGAAGUUUAUAGGUUACAUAGAGAGUCAUUUUAUCUAGCAGUAGACUUUGUAGAUAAGUAUCUAGCAGCCAAAGAAAAUAUUCCAAAAACAAAACUCCAGCUCAUCGGUAUCACAUCAUUAUUUGUAGCUGCAAAACUAGAAGAAAUCUACCCACCUAAGCUCCAUGAGUUUGCGUAUGUCACAGAUGGAGCAUGCACGGAUGAUCAGAUCCUAGAACAAGAACUCAUCAUGUUGAUGACUCUGAACUGGGACUUGACACCAAUCACAGUCAACACCUGGCUGAAUGCAUUCAUGCAGAUCUGUAAUGCCGAGGAGAUAGCCCAUAGAAAGACCAACUUUCACUACCCAGCAUACUCGUCUACAGACUUUGUUCAAGUAGCACAGCUUCUAGAUGUAUGUACCUUAGAUAUUGGUUCUAUGGACUUUGACUACAGUAUCCUUGCAGCAUCAGCUCUCUAUCAUGUCACAAAUGAAGAGGUCACUUUGAAUGUAACUGGCAUGAAGUGGGAUGACAUAGCAGCUUGUGUCCAGUGGAUGACAGCCUUUGCCAUGACAAUCCGUGAAGUGGGCGUGGCUCAGCUCAAGAACUUCAAAAACAUCUAUGCUGGAGAUGCACACAACAUUCAAACCCAUUGCUCAGGUCUAGAACUAUUGGAUAAAUCCCAUGAGAAAUUAAAGCAGCUAAGAGAGUCUUCAUGCUACAGUCCUGUUCAAGUGCCUGGUGUCUUAACCCCUCCUCAGAGUGAUAAAAAGACAAAAAAGGGAGUUCUAUGAUAGAGGAAGGUUAUGCCAUCCGUCUUGGCCAGUUGUAUUAAUGUGAUAGCAGUAGGUAGUUUCUAUUUAACAAAGAGAGUUCCUUUCCAUUAUUCUCUUAUCUGAGCAUUUCAAAAGGGCUUUUCCUCUUUCAAGUAGAUUUUUAGGUAAUUAGUGUAGUAAUAUAAUGCUUUUUAAUGGAUCAGGAUGACGUCUCUAAAUGUUUAAAGAUAUAACAUAACCCUGUCAACGGAUUCAGGCAUGCCUUUAUUCAUGGGCAAAUUCUCCAUUUCCUUUGGAACUUCCCAGCAAGAGGUUUCAAUCUUAAAUGAGCUAGGCAUAUUAUAUUUACUUUCACAUCUUACCAGGUAGUUGGGUAUCCAUUUAAGACCUGGUUGGAAUAAUGUUGAAGCUUAGUUAGGAUUGUGAUGAUAGUGUUCAGUAAUAUGCUUGUGUGAAAAUUAAUGUC